GUUCAGUGUUAGUGCACUUGUCUGUGGCCGGACCAGUUUUGGUAUAGAGAUAUUAAAUUUUAAUCGAGUGUCGUUUGUUUUAGCACCAGAAAAAUUAUACAACAAAAACACACAUAAUAAUAAUAUAGUAAUGACCGUGUACUAUUCGGUUGUCGUUGCCGUUUACUUGGCCGUCGGUUGUGGUCGCUUGCUGCCAUCGGUCGCCAGGCUGGCAAAGAACGACGAAAAGUGUCCGGAAGUCCGAGCUAGAAGUAAUUGCGACUUGGACGCCAUAAAAGGAACGUGGAACGUAAUCGACUACUAUGCCAGUUCGGAAGAAGCGCAGAUCUACAGAUGCAUGAGAUCCACGUUUAACUUGUCACCGGACGUUCCGGAAAUAUCCAUGGACUUUACGUACAGCUAUGUGGAUGACCCGGACAACGAGCAGCUGUCCGGUAACAUCACUUGGAACAUACCGGACAUGAGUCAACCCGGUCACUGGAUACACAUGGAGACCCCGUACGAAGGCGUUUACAACACGUACGUGCUGGACUGUAAGGACACGUGGGCGGUGUUGCUCCAUUGCGCGGAAAAGCCGUCCAGUCCGCGGUACCUGUCCACCAUACUGCUGUCCAGGGACAAGGCGGUGCCGGUGAACGUGCGCAGUUACGUGCGAGGGAAAUUGCCCAAGUACGGUGUGCAGCUCGAGUACACGUUUCCCAUGGUCCAGGACGAUUGCAGCCCAGCCGUGAAUCCGCUGUACUACGGGACGCCCAAUAAUAAAGCGUCGCCCGCAAAGAAGGUCAAGAACCCGAUGUCGCACGUGCACAACGCCGGCGAAACGGAUACGCGCAUUUAAAUGAUUUGGCCGCCCGGCCCUAUGCCGAACGUCACUAAUGUCACCAAAUAGAGUGCACCUGUAUAGUGUAUAUUAUUAUUAUAUAUGUAUGUGUUGACCAAGAGCCUGUAUUGUUGCCUGUACACCCAUUCGACCUAAACGCACACACUUUUUGGAUUGGGCCUGUCGAAAAGAAAUUUAUCCGGCGCAGAGUAUUUCGUUAUAAUUCCAACACACAAACUCAC